UUAAAACUUGAGUUUAACAUCUCUGGGAAUGACCUUAAGGGCUGCAACUGUUUGAUGUGAAAGCCAGGAUUUUCUGUACUUUAGCAUUUAGGUGCUGAGGUGCAUAGCUAUUUUAAGGGUUAACAAUUGUAGUCAUUGAUGCGUAUAUAUUAGGCUGUAUUCAUAAAACAGUGCGUGUUGCCUGAGUCAACCUCUUACAGUCUAACCGCAGUGACCAAUAGGAAGAACAGAAGAGAAUCCAAGAAAGCUGAGGUUAACUAUGAAUGUACACUUGUAUUCCAGACUAUUGGUAGUCUUCUUGACCAAUACUGUGUGGACUCGUAAUAUCAGGCCAAUGUAUGAUCAGCCUGAUACAUAUGACUGGUCUUUCUACAGUUUUGAGUGUCCACAAGAAUGCUUCUGCCCUCCUAGUUUCCCAAAUGCCUUAUAUUGCGAUAGCAAGGAACUUAAAGAAAUUCCAGCCAUCCCAGCAAGAAUCUGGUAUCUCUACCUCCAAAACAAUCUCAUUGAAACAGUUACAGGGAAAUCUUUUGUGAAUGCCACACAACUAAAAUGGAUAAAUCUGAACAACAACAAAAUUACCAGCAAUGGGAUUGAAAAGGGUGUAUUCAGCAACUUGAAAAAUCUACUCUACUUAUUUCUUGAGAAUAAUGAGUUAGAAGAAGUGCCUGCUCCAUUGCCAUUGAGUUUAGAGCAGCUGCGUUUGGCAAGAAACAAAAUCACUACAAUCCCUGCAGGGGUCUUCAACAAUAUGGAAAACCUCACCGCGCUAGAUCUACAUCAAAACAAGCUGUUGGACAGUACUCUCUCAAGUGACACCUUCCAAGGACUUAACAGCCUCAUGCAACUCAACAUCGCUCAAAAUUCACUUACAAAAAUGCCACCAACCCCUCCAACUAAUGUAAUACAGCUGUUUUUGGACAACAACUCCAUUGAAGCAAUACCAGAAAAUUAUUUUGAUACAACGCUCAAACUGAUUUUCCUUCGACUGAACAACAAUAAAUUAACUGAUAAAGGUCUACCAUCCAAAAUAUUUAACAUUUCAUCUCUUCUUGACCUUCAGCUAUCUUACAAUGAACUCACCAAAAUCCCAUCUAUAAAUGUUCACCUUGAGCACCUUUAUCUUGACAACAACAGGAUCAACAGUAUUAAUGGAACCCAAAUAUGUCCAGUUCCUAUCCCAGGGGAUCAUGUCUAUGAGAGAAACUUACCAAGACUCCGCUAUCUCCGCCUGGAUGGCAAUGAAAUCAAACCUCCAAUUCCAUUUGAACUCAUGUUAUGCUUCCGACUUCUUCAUGCUGUUGUUAUUUAAGGACAGCUUAGUGUUACCAUUAUUGCGUUAGUAAACAGGUUUUGCUGGCAUUAAACUUGUUAGAAAUUCCACAUGUUUUUCGGUCAACUAUACUAU